GGAGAGUGACACGUCUGGGAAGCUGCACUACGUGGGACUCUUCUUACUGAGAGUCAUUUAAGCAUGUCUGAGAAAGACAGCAGUGAAAACCCCAGGCGUAGCAGCCAGCCCCCGGAUGAGCCAGGGGAUGCACCAUCCAGUGAAAACAGCACCAAAGAGCAAAAGCGGGCAGUCUCAGAACCAGUGGCCAUUACCCGCAAACGCCCAGAGGCCAAGUCUAGUAGUGAGGCAGCAGAACAGGAGGAGCAGAAAACACCCGAGAAACAUGAUUUGGAUUCUGAGGCCAAAUCUCCCUCUGGAUGGGGCUACUGGGGAAACUGGGGCAAAUCUUUAAUAUCUACGGCUUCAGCAACCGUGGCCACCGUGGGCCAUGGCAUUACUAGUGCUAUAGAAAAAGCUGAGAGUUCCCUUGGAGUCCCUAGUCCAGUUGAGUUGUCAAUAAGAAGCCAAGAAGAGACUGAAGAAGGUGCAGAUUCGGUACAAAGUGCUGAUGCCAAAGAGAAUGAGAGUUCUUCUCCUAUAACUGGAGCACUGGGAUUCUUAUCCAGCAUCUCUACGGCAGUGCAGAGCACAGGGAAGACUGUUCUCACUGGAGGGCUAGAUGCUCUGGAAUUUAUCGGGAAAAAGACCAUGGACGUAAUUGCUGAGGGAGAUCCAGGCUUUAAGAAGACCAAAGGAAUUAUUAAUAGGAACUCUACUUUAUCACAGGUUCUGCGAGAAGCCAAAGAGCAAGAGGAGCUGCGUGUAUGCAGUGAUUUUAAUGCAGAGACAGAGCAAAAGGCACACUAUGGGUUGUUGUUCGAUGAGUAUCAGGGGCUGGCUCAUUUAGAGGCUUUGGAACUGUUGUCUAAAGAGAGUGAUGCAAAGACUAAGGCAAUCCUUAGCUCGCUGUCUGGGGAGGAGCUGGCGGAAGUAAAGGCAGAGCUAGAACCGCUGAAGGAAGCAUUCUCAUUGGAGGAAUUUGAUGAUGAAGAGGAAUUGGAAAAAGGAGAUGAAGAGUUUACCCAGGAGGUAACCACACUUUUUGAUGAAUUACACAUCUCUGCGCGACCACUCAAACUAACCAAAGCCCGGAUAGAUGCAUACAAAUGGAUGGCUGAUGUAGAGGAAGAUGGAAAGAAGAAAAAGGAAGAACAGGCUGAACCUGAAGAUGCUGAAGUACAGGGAAAAACCAGUGUGGAGGAUAUCCAUGAGUUUGCUAUCCGCAGCCUGGCAGAACUGACUGCCUGCUCCAUGGAAAUGUUCCACAAAGCAGCCACCCUGAUUUUGCACGGGGAGUCCCCAGUACCUGCUGCUGCACGAGGCCGAGCGCUAUCCCAAAUGACUAUCUUGCUAUGCAAAGAGCUCACACAGCUUUCAAAAAGAAUAACCACCCUUCUGACAAUAACAGGGGCCUCCGAAAAGUCAGAUGUCCUGAACCCGUUAAUUACCGGAGUCUUCCUAGAGGCUUCUAACAGCGCUUCCUACAUCCAAGAUGCGUUCCAGCUCCUUCUGCCAGUGCUUGAAAUCUCCCACAUCCAGAGCCGGACAUAACCUCGACAUUACCUUUUCCAAAUAUCGUUUGUCUUUGGUCUCUGCUGCAAUAAACUGGAUUACCCAGUUAUCUUCUUCAGGUGUCUGAAAAAGUGUGCAAGUUGGAACAGAUUUUUAAAGGGAAAGUCUCUGCUUUCAGGCAGACACAUAGCAGCCUGUAUCGGCAAAGUGACUGAGGCCUAAAGAGGGCUUUUAUUGUUGGAUUUCCACCAAUGAAGGUGUCUGUAUUUUACCCCUCUUUGGUGCUGAGCAGGAUAAAGAAAGGUAGAUUUUAAGCCAAAUCGGAUUUUAACAAGACUGAGAUUCAGAGAGGGUCAAUAAUCUGCUUUUAUCCCUUGUUACUAACAUUUGCCAAAAGAUUUGUUAUAGUGAGCCAGUCAUUUGCAUUGAAUAAAACACAACCCUGUGGUUGCUUGAGAACACACACCACCUUCCUCUAUAACCCACAUAAAAGAGCAAUUAUUUAUUGGGCUUUUAAAACAUUUUUAUAAUAGGACCUUAUGGUCAAUGGCGUUUUUGUGGUUGUGUAUUUCCGCCAGCUGAGAAGCACCUGAAUCCACGCUCCCAUUCUUUUAUAAAAAUUCAUACAAAUAAACAAUUUUCAUAAAAAUAUACUUUUAUAAGUAGUAUGUGCCAUUGGGUAAUUGUAAAUAGAGAAUUGCCAUUUUAAGUGCUUAGGGCUGCCCCCUGGGAUUCACAGUGCACACAAAUAAUGCAAGGCACACAUACAUGCUAGGCCCCAUCAGCCAAUUAAUGGUCAGUUCUGUCUUUUGCUCCCACACUACUUCCUGUUACAGUCAGAGCUGCAUUAUUUCUGGUCAUGUGAUCUCUGAGGGAGCACCCAGCCCAUCACAAAAUGGCGGCUCAAGGGAAAAGAUGUAAAAGGGCAAUAUUUACUGUUAUGUAGCUUGGCAAGAUUCUUUAAUAGGCCACUUAUUAUGAUAUAAACUGUCUAAGAUUAAGUUAAGUCUUCUUUCUGGGAUAUAGUUUUCAUUUAAGCAGGACGUGGAAAGCAAUAUUUAUUGUCCCUGCUGCCUGUGAUAAUAAAACAUCAUGGGACAACUUUCCAGUAUUUUAGUGAUGCUGGCAGAUCCCUGAAUUAUAUUGGGGCUAUAUUGGGGUUCUUUAAGACCUGAGCUGCCUUAAGGUCCCCAUACACUGGCCGAUUCUAGCUGCCGAUAUCGGUCCCUUAGACCACGAUUCGGCAGCUUAUCGGCCCGUGUAGGGGCACUACCGACGGGCCUGCCCGACCGAUAUCUGGCCUGAAAUCGCCCAGAUAUCGAUCGGGCAGGUUAAAAAAUCUAGUCGGAUUGGGGACCGCAUCAGCUCGUUGAUGUGGUCCCCGGACCGACUUUGCCUAUACCCAUCAUUCUAAUUUGAUCGCUUGGCCCCAGGGCCAAACGAUCGAAUUAGCAUGGAUUCUCCCGAUAUCACCCACCCGUAGGUGGGGGAUAUCGGGAGAAGAUCCGGGCACCUUUAGUGUCAGGCAGCACUGUAUGUACAGUUUCCACUGUCAAACUGGGGGGGGGGGAGGCAAUAUGUUCCAAAAGGCUGCAUGUUUACAUCAGGACUGCAGCCUACCACAUCCUUACACUACACAACAGCCCAUUGUAAAGGACUGACACAGCAGUCUCAGUAGGAAGGUCGGGUUCUAGUAUACAGAGGUAAUAAAAGGCUCAAUGAAGGGCAAUAAUGCAGGGUAAUAGGGCAUGCUGCCGCAUUAAUAUUAGUGCCAGUUUAAGAAUAUUUAACACACAUCUAUAUAAAAUCAACUACAUAUAUAUGCCCUAUAGAAGCAUACAUACAUUUGUAUACUGUGAAUGUCCUUAAUGCUCUCUUAAGCAAUAUACCCCUAUAAACUAGCCCAGAGUAUUGUUCCAAACACAUCUCUCACACAUUGUCUCUCCAGAAUGGCACUUCCAUAUAACCUUCCUGCUUUGGUGUGUACUUAACUAUUUACUAUCAAUGUUGGAUACAGUAGCUAUGCCAUCAUUACUAGCUCAGGAGCAAAAUCUGUAUUUUUGUGUGUCUUAUGUUUGUUAUUAGUAUUGUUGUUAAAACAUUAACUUUGAUUAUUUACUGAGUAAAUAUUAUUGUGUAUUC